AUGGGUUCGAGUGGGAGACAUAAAGCGGAGAAGAGCUCGGGAGCUCGGAAGCAGGUUGAUACACCUCAAGGGCAAGCGAAACAACCGAAGGCACCACUGCUCCCCAAGCCAAGUCGCGAUGGGUUAGCUCAGAGAGCGGCACAGGAUGUAGAAGGUUUGAAAGGAUACCAACUGGGAGACUGCCUCGGGAAGGGGGCCUUCGGGUCGGUAUACCGAGCACUGCACUGGGGGUCCGGUGAAACGGUUGCUAUCAAGCAGAUCAAGCUCACCGAUCUACCGAGAAAUGAGAUCGGCACAAUCAUGCUCGAAAUCGACCUCUUGAAGAACCUACACCACCCAAACAUUGUCAAGUACCACGGCUUCGUCAAGUCUGCCGAAUCACUAUAUAUCAUCCUAGAGUACUGUGAGAAUGGAUCGCUGCAUUCGAUUUGCAAGAACUUCGGCAAGUUCCCGGAGAAUCUCGUCGCACUCUACAUGUCACAGGUCCUUUAUGGCAUGAUCUAUCUUCACGACCAAGGUGUCAUUCAUAGGGACAUCAAGGGCGCCAACAUUCUCACAACAAAAGAGGGGCUGGCCAAAUUGGCAGACUUCGGCGUCGCAACGAAAGCGUCCGGUCUGAGUGAAUCCAGCGUUGUCGGAACCCCGUAUUGGAUGGCCCCAGAAGUCAUUGAGCUUUCUGGGGCUACCACUGCCUCUGAUAUCUGGAGUCUCGGCUGUACUGUCAUUGAACUCCUCGACGGAAGGCCUCCAUACUACCAACUACAGCCAAUGCCUGCUCUAUUCCGUAUCGUGAACGAUGACCACCCUCCUCUUCCCGAAGGAGCGUCUCCGGGUGUCCGCGAUUUCCUUAUGCAAUGCUUCCAGAAAGACCCUAACCUACGAGUGUCUGCCAAGAAGCUUUUGAAGCAUCCAUGGAUUGUGAGCGCCAAGAGGGCAGACUCCAUCGUCACACCAAUGCCCACCAAAUACGACCAGGUGGUCAAAACCGUUCAGGAAUGGAAUGAAGCUCUGAAGUCACCCAAUGGUACCUUCAAACGAACAUCACGACCUGUAGCAACUAGUCCGGGACCAGCUGCCAAUGGGAGGUCCUCUCAGAUGAUGAGCCAUACAUCUUCGAAGGAAGCGUUAAAGGUUACGAAGAUGAGACCUAAUCCUGAUCAAUUUAGAUCCCCUGACCAUGAGGCUGACGAUAACUGGGAUGCGGACUUUGCCUCCUCAAUCAACCCUAAUGCGCUUCAAUUGCCACACUUGCGACCACAUGAUAAUUUCGCUGGCUUACUAAGUUCAGAAAGGCUGAAAUCAUACGCUCGCACAGAUCCGAGAGGUUCGGAACAGUCGAACUACUCACAAGCAGAUCUCAACGAUCGAAGUUCGUACAAUCUCACAAGUACUGAUCCACUUGAAACUGUCAAGCCGGCUACUCCUGGGCGAAAGCAUUCAGACAAAUCCACAGGACGGCCGACACAGGCGAAGUCUCCACGGCGUCCUUCGCAUCCCAAACCUCGAAUCCGCGUGAACUCUUCUAAGCCACCACCACCGGCUGCUGGACAUGCCCCAAAAAGGGAAACGAAUGGCUCUUCCGCCCGACCUGCUGCCACGUUCAGGGAGGACUCGGUGGAAGAUUAUUCCGACUUGAUCGCCAAUGACGAUGCCGCAUUCGAGAGAAGGAUUCAGAGCAUGAGGAACCAAGAAGGGGACUCGUUCUCGCCAAAGCUUUUCCAUCCUUCUGAUCUCAAGAACAUGCCUCGAUCCACGCAACAUGUCGGCAGACGUGUGGGUAGCUUAAGACGGAACCCAAUUCCUCCCGAGGAGCAAUUCUCCCCGCAGAUCCUCCGGUCUAGGUCCUCCGUGGAAAUUCAAAAAUAUGCGGAAGCUGACGAAGAGGACUUCUCUGAUAUCUUUGGGAAAACGGGAUCGGUACUACCCGUACCGGAUUCCGAUAGCGGCUCGGACCAGAGCACGCUGAUGAUGCUCAACUCCAAAUUCUCCACCAACUCAUGGCUUGUUGAUGAAGAAGACGAGGAUGAUCCGUUCGCCCAACUAGAAGAAGGGUUCGAUGAAAUGGACCUUCAGACCAACGUUGCUCGGGAUCGGCAUGCUCGCCUUUGUACCUCCGUGGAGAGCCUUGUCAGCUCCCUGAAGACUUCGCAGCCAGACGAUGUUCUCGCCGAUAUUUCUGAGCAAUUGAUGCAGCUCCUAUACGAAUCCCCUGAUCUCAAAAAUGUGAUCAUAAGCUCUCACGGGAUGUUGCCAACACUAGAGAUCCUCGAAAACUCCCAGCGGAUGGAUGUCAUUGUCCGCCUUCUCAAGAUCGUGAACAUGAUCAUUCACGAGAAUACCGAGUUGCAAGAGAACCUGUGCUUCGUCGGUGGCAUACCAAUCAUCACAAAGUUUGCCCACAAGAAGUAUUCAAGUGAGAUCCGGCUUGAGGCAGCUGCUUUCGUUCGCCAGAUGUAUCAGACGUCGACGCUUACCCUACAAAUGUUCAUCAGCUGUGGCGGUCUCAACGUCCUUGUGGAGUUUCUUGAAGAAGACCUUGACACUGAAAGAGAUCUUGUGCUAAUUGGCGUCAACGGCGUCUGGAGCGUCUUUGAGCUUCAGGGUCCAACCCCGAAGAAUGACUUCUGCCGGAUAUUCUCGAGAAGUUCCAUCCUUUACCCACUCUCCCUUGUCCUCAACCGAGUCCUUGACGAAGAUGACGAAGUUGCAGAGCUUGUCGAAGGUCGCAUCGUCAACAUCUUUCUGCUGUUCUCUCAGGCUGAGAGCUACGUGAAGGAAACGGUUGCCGACCGCAUGGUUUUGAAGCGAAUUCUCAAAGAUCUGAGGCGAAUGUCUCCCCAGCAUCAGAUCACCAUGCUUAAAUUUAUCAAGAAUCUGUCCAUGCUUGCGACAACUCACGACGCCUUGCAAAAUUCAAACGCUAUAGAAGCUCUCACUGAUCUUCUUAGCGCUAGCAUGAAACUCCCUCAUUCCAGGGAAGUCUCGAACCAGGUCUUGAACAUCAUGUACAAUCUUUGUCGGUUGAGCAAGACGAGACAGGAAGAUGCGGCGCUCAGCGGGAUCAUACCCCUCCUUCAGAAGAUUGUUCAGACUGAGCGUCCCCUCAAAGAGUUCGCUCUCCCGAUCCUAUGUGAUAUGGCUCAUUCUGGGAAAGUGGGAAGGAAGCUGUUGUGGCAGAACAAAGGUCUCCAAUUCUACAUUUCACUGCUAGCAGAUAAGUACUGGCAGGUGACUGCGUUGGAGGCCAUUCAUGUCUGGUUGCAAGAAGAGACCGCACGUGUUGAACAGCACCUCCUCGAGAGUUCUUUCGGGCAGGCAAUCAUCGACUGCUUUACGAAUCCGGAAGUCUCCACGGAUGCAUUUGAGCAGUUACUUGAACCGCUCCUCAAGCUGUUCCGUCUUUCCCCAGCAAUAGCAGCGCACCUUGCACACCCCAACAUAUUUGGCCGAACCGCUCAGAAACUCCACACCAAGAAAGCGGUUGUACGGCUUAAUCUCAUCCGCAUUCUUCGGUGCAUUUGCGAUGCUGUACCCUAUGUUGAUGAGGAAAUUCCGUCUUCCCGCGACAUCAGUACUGGGUCGCCGACUUCAAGGAGCAUUAGCCUCCUUAGGGCGUAUGGGAUAUACGAAGCGAUUGCUCAGCUCGCUGAUUCAGACCCGGCUGUGCUUGUCCGAGAGAUGGCGAGCGAUCUCAUCCAGCGAAGCGAUGAGCAGGUCCCCCUGUCUGCGGCUCGCGCCGAGUCCAUAUCGGUCGCUGGGGCCCGUUUAAUACGACCCGCAGGCAUGAGACGCUCUAGCUCAGGCGCAAGUGCUACCGUCAUGACCCCACCUACAUCGAAAUCCGUCACUCCACACUCAUUACGUAGUCCUGUUGGAGCAAUCUCCUCGACUUACUUUGACAGUAACUCUUUGGGCGUUCGACCGCGGGCACAUGCUGGCAGUGGCAGCUCCACGUCCUCAUCACUUUACAACAACACACCCCUCAAUGGCGCUGGUCUUAGCAAUGGCUCGCCUGCAGUGUUCCGACCAACCAGUCGAGACGGGAGCAUCCUUCCCGGAACCCAAUCCCGCUCCGGUUCUGGUGAGAGCAACACUAGUUCUGGGGGAGCCGCAGGCAACGGCCCAACAUCCGGCUCGGGGCUUCUCCAAUUGCAAGUCGCGAAGAGCAGGCUUCCUCGCACAAGCUUGGGCGGUACAAGCGGUAGCAGUCGCCGAGGACGGCUGAGCCUUGCCCCUACACCGGCGAUUCGAGAGGCAAGAGAAAAAGGGUCAAAAACAGGCCCAAAAACAAGUGGCGGAAAUAACACCCCCAACAGUGAUUCGGCCGGGAGAGUCCGAAGGGAAAAAGAUGAAAACACCACACCAACGCACAGUAAUCCAUUAGUCCUCCGAAGCAGAGCGCUGGCGAGUAGUCGCUUAUCGAGGCGGCAAACCGAAGCCUGGCAUUGA